AUGGCGCCCAUCCCCAUCACCAUUGUCACCGGUUUUCUCGGCUCCGGUAAGACCACGCUGCUGCUCAACCUCGUCCCGCAGCUGCGCGCCACCAACCCGGCCUACCGCCUUGCGCUCCUCAAGAACGAAUUCGGAGACGUCGCCAUCGACUCCCAGCUCGCUGCCAGUAGCGCCGUGUCAGGUGUCCAGGAGCUACUCAACGGCUGCAUCUGCUGCAAUCUUGUCGGCCAGCUAGGCCCCGCCCUCGCCGAGCUCCGCGACACCGUCCGCCCUGACCGUAUCGUCAUCGAGACCUCGGGCUCUGCCUUCCCCGCAACCCUCGCCAUCGAGGUAAACCGCAUUGCGCGCGAGACCGGGGGCUUGUAUGUCCUCGACGGCGUUGUGAGCGUCAUCGACGUGGAGAAUUGGUCCGGGUACGAGGAUACUAGUUUCACCGCUCGGCUCCAGGCUCGCUAUACCGACCUCAUCAUCUACAAUAAAUGGGAGACUUGUGAUGAACGCCGCCUGGAUGAAGUGAGAGACCGUGUUGGCGAUCUGGAGGUCGUCAUUCCCUGGAUAAAGAGUGAUAAGGGCCGCGUUCCUGUCGACAUCAUCUUUGGCAUUGACGGAGGACUCGCGCGUGCCUUGACCGAGGGCGAUUUAGCUGCGAAUAGCAAUGAGGACAACGGACACGGCCAUGGUCAUGAUCACCAAUCCGAAGUCGAGGUUCUCUCGGUCACGCUACGGGGCCCUGAAUCCGCUGUUGUCGACGAACACAAGCUCAUGGUGUUGCUUAAGACAGCCCCUAAGGAUGAAGUGUAUAGGAUUAAAUCGGUGUUAACGAUGCCGUCAUCAGCGCAGAUUUACGAUUCGGAUCAAAAUAAUUCUACGUCGACCCUACCGUCAGAUUUACCCACGUGCACCAGGCAAAUCCUAAACUGGGCUUUUGGGCGAUGGACUUUCACACCUAUGGCGAAGUCUAUUAAUGAGCAUCAUUCCAGUGACGGGGUGAUUCUGCGCAUGACUCUCAUUCUCGCUUGUUACGAAAGCGCGAAGUGGAAAAAGAAGCUAGAAGCGGGCGGGUUGCUGGAGCUAACUGGCGAGUCAGGCGAGCUGACCGUAACAAGAAUUGCGUAG